AUGGUCUAUCUAAUACUAAUCUCAUUUUCACUUCUGUGUUUGAUCUUAGCCUUUAAACCUCUUUUUGUGUUAAACGAAAUCAUCACUUCUCCAUCGUCUGAUAUACGGAUUGAUCUUCCUUCGCCGCAAGUCAACAACAACCCAAGAUGGCUCCGGCUCGUCCGUAACUAUCUACCGGAAAAGCGUAUACGAGUCGGUUUCCUUAACAUCGAUGAGCAAGACCGUGAGAGCUACGAGGCUAGUGGACCGUUGAUUCUGAAGAAUGUCCACGUGUCAUUAGAUCGUAUUCCGGAGAGUGUAACGUGGGAGAGUCUCUUCCCGGAGUGGAUCGACGAGGAAGUUGCUACCUGCCCGGAGAUCCCUCUCCCUAAGCCGGUAGGUUCUGAUGCUGACGUGGACGUCAUCGUUGCUAAAGUUCCUUGCGACGGAUGGUCGGAGAAUAAAGGGCUGAGGGAUGUUUUCAGGCUUCAGGUUAAUCUGGCGGCGGCGAAUCUAGCCGUGCAGAGUGGGUCAAGGAAGGUUGAUCCGACGGUGUACGUCGUGUUCAUCGGAUCAUGUGGGCCCAUGCAUGAGAUCUUCAAGUGCGAUGAGCGAGUGAGGCGCGUGGAGGAUUAUUGGGUGUAUAAGCCGAAUCUCUCGAGGUUGAAGCAGAAGCUUCUCAUGCCUGUUGGUUCAUGUCACGUCGCUUCUCCAUUUGCUCAACUUGGCCAAGAAGCAUGGAGACCAAAAAAUGAAGAUAAUAUGACAUCCGAUGCUAUCCGUAAGCAACGCGUCGCCUACGUGACAGUACUACACUCGUCCGAGGCCUAUGUUUGUGGAGCAAUAGCAUUAGCACAAAGCAUAAGACAAUCAGGAUCGAAUAAGGACAUGAUUCUCCUCCACGAUCAGUCCAUAACCAACAGGUCCCUUAUUGGUCUCAGCUCCGCGGGAUGGACUCUUCGGCUAAUUGACAGAAUCCGCAGCCCUUUUGCGAAGAAAGACUCUUAUAACGAGUGGAACUACAGCAAGUUGCGUGUGUGGCAAGUAUCUGACUACGAUAAACUUGUGUUCAUAGAUGCAGAUUUCAUCAUCCUCAAGAAGAUGGAUCAUCUCUUCUACCAUCCGCAACUCUCAGCUUCAGGCAACGACAAAGUGUUGUUCAACUCCGGAAUCAUGGUUCUCGAGCCAUCGCCAUGUCUAUUUAAAGAUCUAAUGGAGAAGUCGUCCAAGAUAGAGUCAUACAACGGAGGAGACCAAGGGUUUCUAAAUGAGAUAUUUGUAUGGUGGCACAGGUUACCGAAACGGGUGAACACAAUGAAGUUCUUCGACGAAACAAUCAAGGGACCACACGAUCUUCCGGAGAAUCUAGAAGGUGUGCACUACUUGGGAUUGAAGCCAUGGGUAUGUUAUAGAGACUAUGAUUGCAACUGGGAUAUGAGUGAGCGGCACGUGUUUGCGAGCGAUUCGGUGCAUGAAAAGUGGUGGAAUGUAUAUGACAAGAUGUCAGAGCAGUUGCAAGGUUAUUGUGGAUUGAAUAAGGGAAUGGAGAAGAGGAUUGAGAAGUGGAGAAAAAUUGCCGAGAACAAUAAUUUGUCUGAUAGGCAUUGGGAGAUUGAAGUGAAAGAUCCUAGGAAGACGAACCUUCUUGUUCAGUGA